ACGUCUUUUUCUUAUUAUUUUGGACAUUUUAGUUACCAAAAAGAUUGAUAUUUUGCAGUCUCUUCAUUAUCACUACAAAAGGAGAACUUCUGAGUUUAUUAAUUCAAGCCCAUAAAUUUGGCUGUCACGAACUUGAGUAACUUAAAAGUAUUGGGGAACAGUUUGAUCUCCACCUGGACCUGUUCAAGCCUCAAUUACUACCUUUCUUUAGGCAGAUCUUUGAAAAUUCUGAAUCUGAUCUUAAAUUGUGGUGCUUGAAAAGUCAUCAGUACAGUUCACCAAGGACAAGGAUGGGGACCAGCCUUUGAGGACAACUCCAUUAUUGCUAGGUUUCUGAAAACUACCCUUGUUAGCGAUGUCAAUGGAGUUAGCGGUGGUUGGGGGGCCAUUGACUCAUCUCCAGUUAGUGAUGUCACUGGAAGUCUUCUCCUCCUGUGGGCCAAGGCAAAGACAGGCUAGUAUGGAAAUUUAAAUAGGACCCAAUUAAAUUUCCCUAUCCAGCCCAUUGAGCCCAAAAUAGAGGCCUUUGUGCUUGGUAUGACAUGUAGGGUAUGUUUGGUACAACUAAUGAGAAGUCUUUUUGAAUUUUAAAAACUUUCAAUUGCAUAAAACACUACAAUUUAU